CCCUUCCCCUCCUGUAUUCCAGGUGACUAUGGCCCUGAUGGGGAAACACUUUGAUGGCCCCGCCAACGCCUCCGGACCCGAUCGCUGGAGCACCAUGUUUCCCCGAAAAGACGAGAUCAUCACCAGCCUUGUGUCUGCCUUAGAUUCAAUGUGCUCCGCACUUUCCAAACUCAACGCAGAGGUGGCCUGUGUCGCGGUCCACGAUGAGAGUGCUUUCGUGGUGGGGACCGAGAAGGGGAGGAUCUUUCUGAACUCCCGGAAGGAGCUGCAGACAGACUUCCUCAGAUUCUGCCGAGGGCACCAGAGGAAAGAACCCGAGGUGGAAAUCCCCAGGAAGGUGCGGGAAUGCAACCGGAACGCCCAGCGGGUCUCCCCGGACCAGGGCUCGGACGUCUACCUCCUGAGGAAGAUGGUGGAGGAGGUCUUUGACGUCCUCUAUAGUGAGGCCCUGGGAAAGGCGAGCGUGGUGCCCGUGCCCUACGAGAAGCUGCUGAAGGAGCCCGGCUCGCUGGCAGUGCAGGGACUGCCCGACGGCCUGGGCUUCCGGAGGCCCUCCGACUAUGACCUCAAGGCCCUCAUGGCCAUCCUGGAGCAGAGCCACCGGAUUCGUUUCAAGCUCAAGAGGCCACCAGAUGACAAUGGACGGGACUCCAAGUCCAGCGUGGAGCUAAACUGCGUCUCUCUGUUGCCUAAGGGGCCCCGGGAUUCUGGCCUCAACGCCCAGGCCCCCAAGCCCACUUCCCAGGACCCCUCAGCCUCCUCCGCAGCCAUGACCAACUUCUUGUACAACGUCUCCCUCUCCAACCAUGUCGCCAUGGACCUCAAGCAGGAGGGCCCGACCGGCCUGUCCACCGCCACCGACCUCCUCCUGGCUCGCCCCGGUGGAGAGCCCAAGACACCAGGUGCCCAGGACUUCUCUGACUGCUGUGGACAGAAAUCAUCAGUUUCCGGCGGGCCACUCAUCCAAAACGUGCAUGCGUCUAAACGGAUCCUCUUCUCCAUCGUCCACGACAAAACAGAGAAAUGGGACAGUUUUAUAAAAGAAACCGAAGAUAUCAACACCCUGAGGGAGUGUGUGCAGAUCCUGUUUAACAGCAGAUAUGCCGAAGCCCUGGGCUUGGACCACAUGGUGCCAGUCCCCUACAGGAAGAUUGCCUGCGACCCUGAGGCUGUGGAGAUCGUGGGCAUCCCAGACAAAAUCCCCUUCAAGCGACCCUGCACUUAUGGCGUCCCUAAGCUGAAGCGGAUUCUGGAGGAGAGACACAGCAUCCAUUUUGUUAUCAAAAGGAUGUUCGACGAGAGAAUCUUUACAGGAAGCAAAUUUACCAAAGAUCCCACCAAGCUGGAGCCGGCCAGUCCAUCCGAGGACACCUCAGCAGAAGCCCCACGGAUGGUCGUCCUCGAUCUGGCCGGGACGUCACAAGCCAGGUUGGACAAAUGCAGCAGAUCUGAAGACUGUGAGCCAGGGACCUCAGGGGAGCUGAGCGGACUGAGGCAUAUCAAAAUUGAGCCAGAAGAUCUAGACAUCAUUCAGGUCACUGUCCCAGACCCUUCACCCACCUCUGAUGAAAUGCACGACCCUGUGACCGGGCACCUUCCCCCAGAUGAGUCCAGCUACAUCCUGGAAGCGAUGGAAGAUAAAGGGCACAAUGAGGACCCUCGGCAUGAAGAGAAGCAGGUGGAAGAUGGUAUUGGUGACGUCAUCCGACAUCUCCGGAAGCAAGUGGAGACGCUCUUCAACACACGAUAUGCCAAAGCCAUCGGCAUUUCGGAGCCAGUCAAAGUCCCCUACUCCAAAUUCCUGAUGUACCCGGAGGAGCUCUUUGUGGUGGGGCUGCCAGAGGGUAUCUCGCUUCGGAGGCCUAACUGCUUUGGGAUUGCCAAGCUCCGGAAAAUCCUGGAGGCCAGCAGCAGCAUCCACUUUGUCAUUAAGAGACCCGAGCUCCUUGCCGAAGGAAUUAAAGACGCAGCCACCGACAGCCCCGGGGCACUAGAGAGAGAUUCUGGGGACUCCCUGGUGGACGAGACUGUAAAAAGACAGGGGUUUCAAGAAAAUUAUGAUGCCAGGCUCUCACGGAUAGACAUCGCAAACACACUGAGAGAACAAGUCCAGGAUCUGUUCAAUAAAAAAUAUGGGGAAGCACUGGGCAUCAAGUACCCUGUCCAAGUCCCCUACAAGCGGAUCAAAAGUAACCCUGGCUCUGUGAUUAUUGAGGGGCUUCCCCCUGGAAUCCCCUUCCGGAAACCCUGCACUUUUGGCUCCCAGAACUUGGAGAGGAUACUUGCAGUGGCCGACAAGAUCAAGUUCACGGUUACCAGGCCUUUCCAAGGACUUAUCCCCAAACCGGCCCCUAGACGGAUUACGGCCACGGGAAAAGCUUACGCUCCUGCCGAUGAUGAAGAUGACGCCAACCGACUCGGGGAGAAGGUGAUUCUCCGGGAGCAAGUGAAGGAGCUGUUCAACGAGAAAUACGGUGAGGCUCUGGGCCUGAAUCGCCCGGUGCUGGUCCCUUAUAAGCUGAUCCGGGACAAUCCGGAUGCAGUGGAGGUUACAGGCCUGCCAGAUGACAUCCCUUUUAGGAACCCCAACACAUAUGACAUCCACCGGCUGGAGAAGAUCCUGAAGGCUCGGGAGCAUGUCCGGAUGGUCAUCCUCAGUCAGCUGCAACCUUUUGCUGAAAUAUGUGGCGAGACAAAGCAGCCGGUGAAAGACAGCGGCGUCCCCAAACGAAAGCGGAAGCGAGUCUCUGAAGGGAAUUCUGUCUCUUCUUCCUCCUCAUCCUCUUCCUCUUCAUCAUCCAAUCUGGAGUCCACGGCCUCGACCAAUCAGAUUUCACUUGUGCAGUGGCCAAUGUACAUGCUGGACUAUGGUGGUCUGAACGUGCACAUUCCAGGACCCAUUAACUACUAGACCUCAACGCUGACUCAGAACCUCAGACAGAAAGAAUAAAUACGUGUAAUUUAUGUAAAAAGUGUAUAUCCGGAUAUGUAUCGAUGCCUUUUAGUUUUUCCAAUGAUUUUUACACUAUAUUCCUGCCUUUUUAAAUAAAAAGAAAGUGUUGCCUUGCU